GUUAGAUUUAUACGUCUAGUGAUGAAUUUUUAGAUUUCUGACUCAUUCUGUGUAUCCAUCCCUUUACGUUCACGUGUAAUUUAGCGGAUAAACUACGCGAAUCUAUAAUCUUCAUAGUACGAAAAAUACAUGCAUCUUAAUACACACAAUAGAACUUGUUAAACUGAUUGUAUGAAUACUGGGAUGAUUACUUACUUAAAACGACGCUUCUCAUCUGGGGACCUGCAAGGUGAAUUAGCUGACAAGCGUAUGCAAGAGGGACUACCUAGUUUCUUACGAUUCGGAUCGACCACACAGUCUGGACAAUCAUAUCAACAGUAUCAACAGCAAAGCUCUAAUAUUCAAACUACAGGGCAGGGUUAUUCAAACCAACCCCAAGAUUUUAGUUCUACGGGUCCUGCAAACUACGAUAUGAGAUACGGAUCUACAGCCCCUACCAUGGCCGAACAAUUCUCUAGUUCUCAGACAGCCACAACUACAGCUAAUCACACUCCUGGAUCUGUAGGUCGAGGACGUGGUGCCUAUCCAAGUGCACCAACAUCACCAACGAGAGGUAUGGGACUUGGUGCCUCACUAAUGGGUCCAAUGGGAAGUUUAACUGGUCAGAUAUCAAAUACACUCAUGCGUAGUUUCAAUACUGCUGCCUCCACUGCUCAGAAUAUAUCCGGAAAAAUGUCUUCAAAAGAUCACCAGAAAAUACUUCUAGUCAUAGAUGACACGCAAACUGAUUGGCUCAAUUCUCAGAAAUUUCAAUGACAGCCUAUAGCGAACAAGGUUGUGUCGUUAGCAUCUAUUCCGAUCAAAUACGUUCAAAACCUCUAAAAUCAUUUAAACCUGAUUUUGUCCUGAUACGACAACAUCCAAGUGAUUUGAAGGAGAAUUGGCAACCUAUACUCACUGGACUAAUGUAUGGAGGUACACCAUGUAUGAAUACUUUGCACGCAAUAUAUAAUAUGAAAAAUCGCCCAUGGCUUUUCGCUCAUUUAUUAAUGAUCCGAAAUCGAUUGGGCAAAGAAAAUUUUCCACUUAUUUCACAAACCUAUCAUACAAGUCAUAAAGAAAUGGUUGUAGCACCAGCGUUUCCAGUUAUUGUGAAAGUCGGAGUAGGUCAUCGUGGCGAAGGCAAGGUGAAAGCUGACACACCGUUUAUUUAUCAAGAUUUGGUUGGUCUUAUGAUUUCUGGUCAAACAUAUGCCACAACAGAACCAUUCAUUGAUGCCAAUUGUGAUCUCCAUGUACAAAAAAUCGGUACGAAUUAUAAAGCAUUCAUGCGUAAGGCUAUAUCCGGUAAUUGGAAAUCGAAUACUGGAUCAGCAUUACUGGAAAAAGUCCCAAUGAAUGACAAAUUUAAAAUAUGGAUUGAUGAAGUGUCCCGUUUAUUUGGAGGUUUGGAUAUCUGUUCUAUUGAUGCGUUACAAUCAAGAAGCGGUGAAUAUUUUAUUUAUGAGGCUAAUGGUUCAGACAUGACCCUCUAUGGAGAUAGUCAAGAAACUGAUAGGACAGAAAUUGCUGAACUAGUGAUGCAACGUAUGCAGUCUAUAACAUAUUCUUCAUCUAUUCCUAAGGUUCCAAGUCUACAAACAAUCGGUAGAACAAGCGAAACAGAAAGACCAGUAGGUAUUGGUAUAGGAAGUGCAACACCUGCUGCUCAGCCUAGUAUUGGACCUAGUGCAGUACACCCUACGUAUAAUCCACCAUUUCAGCAACUUCCAUCACAACCUUACUCACAAGUACAUCAAUCGCAACCAGUAAAUGUUCAACAAAGUCUCCAACCCCAAGUAACACAAAAAUAUCCACCGUCAACAGGGAUCACGUCAAAUACUAAUUCACUUAUAGGUGAACCAAUAGGAUCAGUAAGUCCUGCACUGAGUAAGCAUUCUGAUCCCGGUUUCGUCACAAGUUUUGGUUCACCUACUAGUUCACUAUCUUCGAGGGCUGAUACACCACACCAAACUUCUUUUAGUACACCAGCGACAACUGCAGCGAGUCGAGGGCACAGUACGGCUUCAGAAAAUUCUGACAUUGGGUACCGUUCAAAUAUCGGGGGACUGUCCAGUAUGCAAAAUACAACGCACACUAAUUAUUCUUCACAUACAUGGGACCAAAGUUCUUCAUCUGGCUUAUUUAGUCCUUCCAAAAUACCACCAAUGGAUUCAACUACCAAACCAAAUCUAAUGAAUCAACAACCGUCGGCAGGAUUUGAUGCUUCUGAUCAUACUACUGGAACCAAGAUGAUGAGUUCUCCUCAACAAUCUUUCGGAUCUUCUUUCAGCUCUAAUGUACCAUAUAGUACUGAAAAACUUGGUAAUGAUGUAAGUAGAAAACCAACAGGUCAAACAACUAGUGGACUUGAUCGUCCAAAUGUCCCACCAAGACAAACUUCAUUACGUACCGGACCAAGCACUGAAGAUACAGAUGAUACUAUGAAAAACCUACGCAAAACAUUUGCUGGAAUUUUUGGUGAUUUAUAAAAGAAUUUUCCAGUAGAAUUGUCUUAUUUAUAACUAACGUAUUAUUACUAAUUAUAAAUGUUUUAUCUUUUAAUCAAUUUUUUUCCGAACUACAAAGAAUAAUGUUAUUGCUGCUUGACCAGUUUUUCAUUUUUUUAUUUUCUCUUCUUUACUGCAAAUAUUUGUUUGGUGAAAUUUCCAGUAUAAAAUAACUAAAUAUUUAUGUUAUUGCAUACUUCGUUAACAUAGUAAAUCUAUCUUAGUUUCAUCUAAUUAAUAAAAUCAAACAAAAAAUCAAUAUACUUCUAAUCAUCCUUACCUAUCCAAUUACUACUAAUAUUUUGUUGUUCAAGCAUUUUUGUUCAUACACAAAUUCUCUAAAUCCAUACAAUAACAAAUUGAAACUCAAGUUAAUUAAUCUCAAAAAACAGAAUUAUUUAUCACUACUAUUUGUCUAAUUAUUUACUACUUAUAAUUUACUUAUAAAAUAAAUUGAAAUGUGAAAAUAUUAAUCUAUCCAAUUGAUAUUUCAAAGUGCUCAUAUCAGUUGUUUAUUGACCUUUCAAGUAUUUACUUAUUUCUGUGAUGUUUUCUUAUUCUACCUUUCUCUCUCUCCAUCUCCCUCUAUUCCUCCAUUGCUAUACUUAUUAUUUGAAGAUAUUAAGAAAUUUUUAUCGUCUCGAGAAGUAAUUCGACUAGUGAAUCUUAUUUAAAAAUGGAAGCCGAUCCAAGCAUAAUGAAUGACCAGAACAAUAAAGGUAGGAGAUUAA